ACCUGCCGGCCACAAGCUUCACAAGACAACAGUGCACUGCACAGCUAGCAAAUAUUUGCCCUCUAGCAUUCCAGCCAUGAAGAGAAUCGUCGCCCACAUCCUGCUGGUGAUGUCGCUCGGGGCGGCCCUCGUCAUCGCCGGCCGCCCCGCCGGUACCUCCGGCGACGUGGCCGCCAUUCGCCUUCCGAGCGACGGCCAAGGUCUUGGUUCCAUGAAGAAGGUCCUCGAGGAGGGCGAGAGGCCGUGGGCAUGCUGCGACCACACCCAGUGCCUGAGGGUGCUCCCGAGAGCCUGCCUCUGCCACGACACGGUGGCGCAGUGCGCCAGCGCGUGCCAGCACUGCGACGAGGUCAGCCAUGGCCGCUACGUUUGCCUGGAUUUGUACGAAGGUUGGCCCGGCCCAAAGUGCACGCACGAGGUGGACGUCGCCGCCGUCGGCAACUAGCUACCAUAGCUAGCUACCAUGGCACGUACGCGUACGUUUCGGCGUGUUGCCCUCUCUGUUGCCUUGUUGCUCCAUGACCCACAGAGUAGUCCCAGUGCCUAUCUAUGUACCAGUUCAAUUUCAACUCGCUUAUCAUGUGUAACAAUAAAAAGGACGCGACUAGCAGGCAAACGUUUGCCCGCUAGCACCC